AGCGCCUGGGCGAGUCAUCAAGCGUAGCGUCUCCGGCAUUGGCUAACCGUCGAACUAAACACCCAUUCAACCUAUAGGGAAAGGAAUUACCUCUACCCCCUUGAAAACCAUUCGCAUGUCAUCAUCUUCAUUGACCGUUUAUCAAGAGGUCGCGCUGCCCACCGCACCGGCGCUUCUCUACAACAACAUCGUGGUGCACCGCGACGGCGACUACGUGUCCUACGCGUCGCCCACCGCGGUGGUGUCUGUGCAGACCGCCACCGGUGCGCCGUGCUUCCCUCCGCUGGAGCUGCCCGCCGGCACCUACGCACAGUUUCUUGCCGGCGUGACGGACCCCGCUAUCGAAAACAUCACCCUUGUGGCGGCCUUGUCGAAUCGUACUGCCAUCGUCGUCGUGAACGGGCAGCAGACGCACUCGGUGGACACGAGUGGGGUGACAGAGACAUACACCUGCGCCGCGAUGACGCGUGUAGCAGACACGGAGGCGAUCCUUCUUGUCCUUGGUGGGUCGGAGGGCUCCAUCGACACAGUUCGAUGCACCCCGCAGGGCCGUCCCAUCUCUACGACACCGCCAUCGGUGCCCGUGCAGGCACACGAGCACUGCAGCAUCACCGCUCUUGACGUGAACAUCUCCACGGCAGACUCUUCGAAGGCGGCGGAGAUGGUGUCGGGGGACAGCGCAGGUCAUGUAGUGCUGUGGCGGGCUUGGAAUCCAACCCUCACCGUAUCGCCACCGGAGACGACGGAUGCCGUCACGGCCGUGAAGUGGUUGCCGCAAAACGGCCGCGUCGCGGUGGCGUACGGUGGCGGGCAGAUCAAGAUUGUGGAGCGAGAGAGCGGAGCAGCCGCGGUCGUGAUCCAGGCGCACUCGCGAUGGAUCAACGCGAUGGCGUACAACGCAGCGAGGCAGCUUCUUGUGUCUGCCGCGGAGGACGGCCACAUUUUCGUGUGGGACGCGAACGCCACCGACCCCGAUCGUGUGUGCGUAGCGCGCGGCAACGUUUCGCAUGAGCUGCUGACCGGCGUGGCGAUGAUCGGUACGCACGGCGUGGUGGCCCUGCUGUCCUACGAUGUGCGACGGCUGCGGCUCAUGUCCUCUGGCUGA